AUAUAUAUAUAAAGGAGCAGCACUUUGGAAAGGGGAAUUUUUUUUAAAAAAAAAGAAUAACAGCGAAAAUCCUGCAGCAACUCCACGAGGAAGUGAGGAGGAGAGAGGGGGGUGGGUGUACAAAAAGAGAACCUGUUGCAGCAAAGUGGCAAAGCAGAGUUUGGAACUGACUGACUUUUAUUUUUUUUUAAACAAACUUAUUUAUUUCGUUUUCAAUCUCUGGGACAAAAAAAGAGGGGACUGCAGGAGAAAUUUUAAUGCACUAAAAAAAAUUAUUUUUUUUUUGUUUGAACAAAUUGUCAGGAAGUUUUUUUGGGGGGGUGGGUGUGUGUGUGUUUUUUUUUUUGGCCACCGACUCGCGGCUGCUGGACGGACUCCCCGCUCGAUCGAACUUUUUCUUUCCGGAUUUCUCUGAAGAUGAACGCGGUGCUCGGGCUGGUUUUGCUGCCGCUUCUGGCCGCCCUGUCCCCCGCCGGGCAGGCUCUGGGCGCUCGCCCUGAGGAGACUCUGGUCUACCCGGUGCGGCUGGACGAGAAGUUGGAGGAGGUGGAGGGCGGAGCCGGGGGUCUCCGGUCCGGGGGCAGCCCGGCCGAGAUGGGGCAGAAGAAGGUGGUCUACCGGCUUCAAGCCUUCGGGCAGCGGUUCGUCCUGGAGCUCGAGCCCGAUCAGAGUUUCCUGGCCCCGGCUGUCACCUUGCAACGCCUGGGGCAACCCAAGUCUGGCAACGCCGUGGAGGAGGAGGAGGAGGUGGUGGUGGAGGAGGAGGAGGAAGAACAGGACCCCGACCUCCGCCACUGCUUCUACUCCGGCACCGUCAACUCCCUGCCCGGCACGUUGGCGGCGGUCAGCCUCUGCCAUGGAAUCCAGGGCGCUUUCGUGAUCGGAGGAGCCGAGUACCAUAUCCAGCCGACCAAUCUGACGGGGCCAGGGGACAUCCCGCCUCACUUAAUCCGAAAGACAAGACCGAGAUCCUCAGGCAGCCCUGGUGGUACCAAGUGCGGGGUAAACGAUCAAGAUACACCCCAGACAACCGGGAGCACUCAAAGCCAACAAUCUGCACCAGAGGCCACUCCAUCAGAACCCGCUGGGCACCAAAGAGCCAAGAGAUUUGUCUCAUCCCCUCGCUAUGUGGAGACCUUGCUGGUAGCAGAUCAUUCAAUGGCAGAGUUCCAUGGCAGUGGGCUCAAGCACUAUCUCCUGACCUUAAUGUCGGUGGCUGCCAAAUUGUAUAAGCACCCGAGCAUCAAAAACUCUAUCAGCUUGGUGGUGGUGAAGAUCCUGGUUGUCUACGAGAAGGAGAAGGGACCUGACGUGUCUUCUAAUGCUGCCCUGACCUUGAGGAACUUCUGUACUUGGCAGAGGCAGCACAACCCCUCCAGUGACCGUAAUGCAGAGCACUACGAUACUGCUAUACUCUUCACCAAAAUGGAUCUGUGUGGAGCCCAGACUUGUGAUACUCUUGGGAUGGCUGACGUUGGGACAAUUUGUGAUCCUAGCCGGAGCUGCUCAGUCAUUGAGGAUGAUGGUCUACAAGCCUCCUUCACUGCAGCUCAUGAGUUGGGCCACGUGUUUAACAUGCCCCACGAUGACGCACGGCAGUGUCUUCAUACCGUUGGUCUAACUGGGAAUUCCCACAUGAUGGCGUCGACACUCUCCAACUUGGAUAGGAACCAGCCUUGGUCUGCCUGCAGUGCUUACAUGAUCACUUCCUUCCUGGAUAAUGGGCAUGGAGAAUGUCUGCUGGACAAGCCCCAGAAGCCACUACAACUUCCUGGUGAACUGCCAGGGAGCACCUACAAUGCAGACCGCCAGUGCCAGUUCACCUUUGGGGAAGAGUCGAGGCUUUGUCCUGAUGCAGGCAACACCUGCUCAUUACUGUGGUGCACUGGAAUGUCUGGUGGGAUGCUCAUCUGCCAAACUAAGCACUUCCCUUGGGCCGAUGGUACCAGCUGCGGGGAAGGAAAAUGGUGCCUGGAAGGAAAGUGUGUUAACCAGACAAGCAUGAAGGAUUAUAAUACUCCAGUGCACGGGAGCUGGGGACCAUGGGGACCCUGGGGUGAGUGUUCAAGGACAUGCGGUGGAGGAGUACAGUACUCAUUCAGGCACUGCGACAACCCAGUUCCACAGAAUGGUGGGAAGUACUGUGAAGGAAAGCGAGUGCAAUACAAAUCAUGCAACACCAUGGAUUGCCCAGUUAACAAUGGCAAAACAUUCCGUGAAGAGCAGUGUGAGGUGUACAAUGAUCUCUCAAAGUCUACUGUCUUUGGAGGAAUGCCUGCAGUCGAAUGGAUUCCAAAAUAUGCUGGUGUCUCUCCUAAAGAUCGAUGCAAACUUAUUUGCCGAGCAAAAGGCACAGGCUACUACUAUGUGCUCCAGCCCAAGGUUGCUGAUGGCACUCCAUGUAGCCCAGACUCCACUUCUGUCUGUGUUCAAGGACAGUGUGUAAAGGCCGGUUGUGAUAGAGUCAUUGGUUCGAACAAGAAGUUUGAUAAGUGUGGUGUGUGCAGAGGCAAAGGCACAACUUGCAAGAAGAUUGCUGGUUCUCUUGACCGUUCCAAACCUGGAUACCAAGAGGUUGUUACCAUUCCAGCUGGGGCAACCAACAUUGACAUAAAACAACGCAGUCUCCGCGGAGCAAGACAUGAUGGGAACUAUCUGGCAUUGAAGAAAGUUGAUGGCACAUACCUGCUCAAUGGAGAGUACACUUUGUCAACGCUUGAACAGGACAUUUCAUUUCAAGGCACAAUCUUAAGAUACACUGGCUCAUCGGUGUCGCUAGAAAGAAUUCGUAGCUUUGGUGCCCUCAAGGAGCCCCUGAUUGUUGAGGUACUCACAGUGGGAGACUCAUUGCGCCCAAGAAUCAAAUUUACAUUCUUUGUGAAGAAAAGUCUGCAGCAUCAGCCGGCUAAACCCUAUCCCAAAAAGGAGUCUUUUAAUGCCAUCAAGGAAACAGUAAACUCUGAGUGGGUUAUUGGCGAAUGGGGAGAGUGCUCCAAGUCAUGUGGCCUGGGGUGGCAGCGCAGGGCAGUCGAAUGUACGGACAUCUAUGGGAGUCCAGCUACUGAUUGCGUGAAAGAACUGAAGCCUGAUGACCUCCGAUUGUGUGCAGACACCCCCUGCCCACGGUGGUUGUUGGGGGAAUGGUCAGUCUGCUCCAAGACAUGCGGGAAGGGCUUUAGGAAAAGGUCUUUGAAAUGUGUCAUGCGUGAUGGCCAUGUGCUGCCGCAGGAGAGCUGCAACAUGUCAAAAAAGCCAAAACAUUUGAUUGGCCUUUGCACCAUACGGGCUUGUAGUUAAGGAACCAACAUACAUGAAAGACAAUUCAGAUAUUUUUUAUUCAACCUAAAUGCACUGAAAGUAAGAGUUUCCCAAUUCAUUUGUCAUGUGAAACAUGAUACUCAUCUGACCCAUUUUUCCCUUUGACCAUGAAUGUUUGAUUCAGUCAUAACAGUUCUGUAGAUGGAUAAAGUUUGGGCAGGAGGAGUGGGGUUAAUUGGGGAACUCAAUGCUAGCAUUGUUUAUCUCUCAAGUCAAUAGUUGUGUUAGUAGCUCAAAGUGGAUUUUUAAAAACCAGGAACUCUCACUGUUGACAGUGAAAUCAGAGGUUUUUCUCAUUCCUCAAUAAGCAUGUAAAACCCUAAUUCAUGAGUGCUGCUGGCAAGCUAAAAUGUAACCACAUUUUGUUAUAAGUGAAAGAAUACUGUCUCUCUGCAAUGAGACACUCCGUUAUUCUCUGAGAGGAAGCAAUCCCUGGAAAUUGCAAGAAACAUUUUGUUUUAGAUUAUUUCUAGAAUAUUCUGCUAGCUCACAAAUUAUAUUGUGAGUUGAAUUCUUACACCCUGGGUGUCAUAAUUAUUGUUCCCGCUAUAGAAUAAUAUCUAACAUUGGUACUAAGAGGGAAAAAGCAUCAGUCAAUUGCUGUGCCACAGAUUGGAAGCUGAAGAUUCCGUUUUUGCGCUGAUUGAUUAUGCCCUUCAUCCUGUGCCCCACAUUUUUUUCAAUCUGAAAAGCCUGCAAUCUCAUGCUGCCAGAGAAUAUGUGGUCCGAACCUGUCAACCUGCUGUGUCUGUGAGCAAGACUCCCGCUUGGUUUUGCAGGAUUAUCAUAAGCCCAGUUCAGUUUAUUUUGCAUAUUCUGAUUUAUCCACGACAUUGCCAGCUGCUGCCUUAAGUCUUUGCAUGUAACAAGGUUAUAUAACUGGCAUUAGCUAGAAUACUGAAAAACCAAGAGGUGGGUCCAGAACCUUGGAAUGAGAGCUUUACAGAAAAUUAAAAGCAAAUAUUGGUUUCAUUCCCAUUCAGUAUUGAGUUAGCUGAUCUCAGCUGGAACAUCUGUUAGGGCUCGAUAUUUGCCCUUACAUCUUAGGCUGGGGCAGGGUAUAGGCGAAAUCAUCCAGAAUUCCCACUCGUGAUUGCUAUCCAGUGAUUUGGGCUGCAAAUUGCAUGGGUGUGAGGACAGGACUAGGCUCAGUGUGAUGUUCCCACAGUCAGAUGCCUGUUGAAAUGUGUGAGCCUAGACAGAAAAUUAAGAAUGGCCACAACGAAGUGAUGGAGAACCCUGUGCCCCCACAAGAGCCGGUGUCUUUGGAAAGAGGGAUGAACUUGGUUUGGGAAGAGGGGGGUGGGGGUGGAUUUCUUAUUGUAAUAUCCUUGCUUCAAGAUAUUGUCAAAUAACAUCCGAAGGUCCUGACACUGGUCGUUGUUUCAGCUUCUGACCAAUUCAGUCCCCACCUACCUCAGUGAUGAAGGGCAAGAUUUAUUUUGUUGAAGAAAGAAAAUAAAACAGCUUAAACUAUGCUAUACAAAGGCUGCUAUUAAUACAAAGCUACAGAUUUGAAAUCCGCAGUUACAUGAAGAAUGUAAAUAUUAAACUAGCACCAAGGCCAACGAGGUGUACUUUAUAAGUAAGAGUAUUUAAAUUCCUUCUGUGAAGGACUUAGCAUUUUGUACAGAUUUCAAAUAAACUUAUUUAUUUUUGUAAAGCUUUGUAUAAUAUAAUCAUUAAGUUAUCGCUUUUUUAAAAGGAACAAAGAACAUUUAACAAUAGACUAUUUAUACAGUAUAAUGUGUCACUAGGAGAUAAUAAAAAUGAUUGAAUUCUCAA